CUCCCCCUUUGCGCCGCCAUAUUGGACGUUGACGCCGCAACCGAGGCUGGGAGAGACACUGCCGGCAGAGGCUAUUUUUCCGGACCCUGCAUUGUUGACGAGGCAAACGGGCGUUGUAGAGCGCCGACAGAUAUACCCAACGCACAAGUGAGAAUCACUCGGCAUGAUCAACGGCAGACUCUUCUUCACAGCUGUUCUUCUAAAUGCGGCGACGCGAAGUUUCACCUUUAAUCCAGCCUCGUAUGAUCGGGGUCUGGAAGGGUUCACUGAUGGCUUCCUCAAGCAGGUGAUGUCCAGGAUCCAGGGCUCCGGUCUGGACCUAUCGGACAGCUCGCUCGAGUUCGCCGCCGAGCAGCGCGCCAAGCAGGAGCCGCCGCUUUCGGCGGGCGUGUACCAGCGCGACCCGAGUUUCGGCGCACACCACCUGGGCAGGUACAGAAAGGAAGGCGGGGGUCAAGCCCCUCAGGUGGACAUCCUCGGAGGACCCAGCAUUCGAGACCAGGAGUACUUGCAGCACAGCUCGCUCUGGGGACACCAGUACGUCGCUGGUGGCGCCGGUGAAGGCUUCCAGCGCCUGAAACCUGAUGGCAGUGCCAAGAACGUGCAGGUGGUGAAAACUGACGCUGUGCUUCCUGCCUACUGCAACCCACCCAACCCUUGCCCCAAGGGAUACACAGCCGAGGACGGCUGCCUGGAGGAGUUCGAGAACACGGCGGCCUUCAGCCGAGACUACCAGGCGGCGCAGGACUGCAUGUGCGACACCGAGCACAUGUUCGACUGCCCGGGCGCCACCCAGGAGAACGAGAUCGACGCCCUGGCGCGCUCCAUCCAGAACGAGGGCCUCAUGGAGUCCACGCUGGACCGCAUCGUGCAGCACAUUGACCCCGCCGUACCGGUGGAAGGACAGCACAAGACUGUGAUGGCAAAGAAAUUCUUCAGAAAAGAGGACCACGAGUCCUAUGCAAAGCGACACACGAGAAAAUCCAAGAAGUCCGUCAAGCAGCCAAAGACAAGAGCUGGAAAGAACCCAUACCUCCAGGGCGAGAAGCUACCCGUGGUCGCCAAAAAGGCCCCUCUGGCGCCACGAAAGUGAGGAAGGAAGAGUAUAUUUAUAUCAUCUAAACUAGUGACACAUUUACAAUAUGUGUUGUUAUUGUUGUGAUAUGCAACGUGAAUAAUUUAAAGCAAGUUUCCCUCUUAUCUCUUCACGAUGUCACAGUGUUGCUCUCGCUGACCAAUGUUCCACCAGACGUUUGACGAAUAAAAUAAUUUAUGUUGUUAAAACUC